UUGUUUCUAGAGGACAUCUAGCGUUUAGCCCUCAAAAACCCCAGUUGUCACAUCUGCCUCAAUUUAGGGUUUAAGCUUCCCUUCCUCAUCAAUUCAAACGGAAAAAACCAACAAAAAAAAAAAAAAAUGGCAACAUUGGUAACAAGAUCAGCCAUGGCUUCAGGAGCACGAUUUUUGGCAGUUCGAUCAAGACCCACUUUAUCUGUAACUGUAACUUCGAAGCAUAUAUCUUCCCCAUUUUCAUCUUCUUCAAACAAAACCAUUUUCUCUGCUACUAGAUUAGCUUCAAUGUUGGGAAUGGUUGAAUCACAGAAGCCGCUUCAUAGUGCAAUUGCUUCUGCUCGUCUUACAUCGAUUCUUGCUCUUGAUUCAAGUUGUUGGAGCUGCCUCUCUCUAGACUUUGCAGUACCUCGGUGACCAGAAUCAGGAUGAUGUAGUUUGUCUACCUUGCCGAUGGACUGAUCUCUUUUCUGAAUCUUCGCUUAGCCUCUCGCCUUUAUAGCUAAUUACUUGGCUUCUUAAUUUCAUGGCUGUUGUCCCAUACUUGUUGAUGUAAGUCAUCAAAACUGGCAGAAGUCUGAACAGUGCAUACUGCAUACUCCUAGAAUUUCUUUCUUCGUCUUUCGAAGGAGAAUUAGAGCUGUAUUAUUUCUUUCAGAAUAGGCAUGCCGACUUCGUCUUGCCGACGUCUCUGUUUAGAGUAUUUCUUUUAUCAACAACAUACCCCAUUUUAAGAACUCAACAAGUAUAUGCAAAAUCAUAGUGCAGAAUUUAGAGUGAGAAAACCGACAUGUAAUUGUCUUUUCUUAUUAGCUGUAUCAGUAUUUACUGAGUUUCUUUGUGGUUAGCUUAUUUAUUUAGGAGUUCUGUUAA